UGCAACACUGUUUAUUUACAGAAAGCCGGAGACUUGUGUAAGUGCUCCAAAACGGAUUCCGACAAGCUAAACCCCAACCAACAACCAAAUUACAACACAAUGUACCAGAACCAGGGUGGGUACCCGCAAGGUGGAUAUCCGCAAGGAGGCUACCCGCAAGGUGGCUACCCGCAAGGUGGCUAUCCCCCUCCAGGUGGCUAUCCCCCUCCAGGUGGCUAUCCGCCGCAAGCUGGAUAUCCAGCGCAAGGUGGCUAUGCACCUCAGCCGGGCUAUGGCGCUCCGGGAUAUGCUGGUGAAGCGGGUGGAUACGGCCAACCAGGCGUGUCAGAUUUGGGGGAAGAUGGUUCCGUCAAGGGGUUCGAUUUCAAUGACCAGAGUAUCCGCAAGUCCUUCAUUCGUAAGGUGUAUUCCAUCCUGAUGUGUCAGCUGCUGGUCACUAUGGCAUUCAUUACACUUUUCACCUACCAUGAGGGCUCCAAGCUGUGGUUUAGAGAUCAUUCCUACAUGAUGUUCGUGGCCCUGGCCGUUGUUAUAGUCUGCCUGAUCGUGAUGGCGUGCUGCGGCAACGUCCGUCGCCAGGCGCCGUUAAACUUCAUCUUCCUCGGUAUCUUCACUCUCGCGGAGAGUUUCUUGCUCGGGGCAGUGUCGAGCACCAAGGCGCCUGAAGCGGUGAUGAUGGCAGUGGGAGUGACAGCGGCUGUGUGCCUCGCCCUGACGAUAUUCGCUCUGCAGACCAAAUGGGACUUCACCAUGAUGGGAGGAUUCCUCGUGUGCGCUACUGUUGUGCUGCUAUUGCUUGGUAUUGUCGCCAUGUUCGUCCGUAACAACAUCCUUCAACUGGUCUACGCAUCCAUCGGCGCCCUCAUCUUCUCCAUGUACCUCGUCUACGACACCCAGCUCAUGAUGGGCGGCAAGCACAAGUACAGCAUCAGCCCUGAGGAGUACAUCUUCGCCGCCCUGAACUUGUACCUGGACAUUAUUAACAUCUUCAUGUACAUUCUGACUAUCAUCUCCGCUUCGAGGGAUUAAGGUUGCGUUGUUGUAACGGAGCUCUGCGGAGGCGGAGUAUUUGGCACUUGAAUUUGAUACCGCAUUUAAAUAUUUAUCAAACGGACACCUCUAUAGUUACACAUAUUUAUACUUGCUUAGUAGACUUACAUAAUGCAGAUGAUCAACUUUAGAUGCGGUAUCAUAUUUGAGUGAUUUUUGUAAGGUAAACUACCCAACGAUUGGCACUGAAACGUAACCAGCUAUUGGGACCUUUUUGUAUGAAAGUCAUCUUAGCCUGUCUUUGGUUGGAGGAUAUGGGGAGGGGCAACAAUAGGGUAGUUUACCUUUACGUGGGCAAAAGGUGACGAAAACGCACACGAUGCAAGAUUUUACAACUUUAGUUAACUGUGACAAUAGAUUUCGAAAAUGUAAUGUAAUUCGUAGUAAUUUCAUUUCAUUCACCUAAUAAAACAGUAAUCAAGUCUUGCUAGGUAGUGCUUAGCUUGUCGUCAUCUUAAUUAAAAACUUAUGUCUCUUAAAUUAGUAUAGUGAGGCAUAAAUUUAACCUUUUGACCGCCUAGGACGUCUAUACACGCGCAUAUAAAGAGCCCUUAACGCCAUGACGUGAAUGAACGUUAAGUAACGGGCAAAAUCUGUAAUAAACAAUUCUGUAUUUUAUUACUGACUUUGAUUUUAUUUUUUGGGGCUUGGCGGUCAAAAGGAGUGUUUAUUAUAUUGUGAUUCUCAAUAAUAUUUCGUAUUUUUGUCACAUGACUAAAAUAAGUUGUCGUGUUGCUUAAAAACUCAAUAAUAGGUACUCAUUUAUUUUUCCCUUAUGUUUAAUUGGAAAUUUAAAUAUCCGUAUGGUUUGUUGCUCUUUUUAAAUUAUUCGUAAUAUUAGUAAACAUCGAAUAUUUUUUCUCGUAAAGCUAUAGGAUUUUACAAAGGUCCAUAAUAAAUUAUUCUUACCCUAAAUGAUGACUUUCAUUAUUUUUCUUUUUAUUAGAAAGCAAUAUAAUUAAUCAAUAUAAAAUACUAAUAUAUCUAUAAUAAUAAUCUAUACCUUUCUUAGAAAAUGUUUGCAGAAAUGUUAAUAUUAGUAGUACGCGUGAGAAAGGGGUGAUUUGCCUUUACAUGUAUGUAUUGCAGUGGCGGGACGUCCUUAUAACAUCGAAUUCUACCACUUUGACUCCAGGAAGGUUUGAACUCCUUAUAAUUUUUAUAUUAAAUAUAUUAAAAACGGUUCACUCACGUAUUUUAAGUCGGAAAACGCUCAUAAUAUCGUUAAUAUAUUUAAUAUAUCUGUGUCUCACGGUAGUUUUUAUAUUAUCUCAUCUCAGAUACUAAAAUAACGGUUCGAUUGGUCAAUAAUCAAUAUUUUUUUUUAUUUACACACAAGGUACAUGCUCACAAAAAAAUAAAUAUCGCCAAACUGACCAGUUUGUUGGCGAAUUUAUAACCCAAUCUGUUCAAUCGUGUCAUUUUAGCACCUGGAAUUAUAAAACAGCUUAGUUUUCGCAAUAGUUAAAUUCGGACAUUUUGUAGCAAUUUAGUUAGCAAUUUUACCAUCUUAACUGGUGAAUGAAAAAUUUUAUAACAGUAAUAUGUAAAUAAACCCCUCAAGUCUCAAGGGUUUUGACUUUUCAUACAUCUUGAAUUCGCGUCCGUGGAUUCUUUAACGACGUGAUAUCGCGUCCGCGAACUUCGAGGGGUUAAAUCAACUACACUAUACGGAUUUUGCCACAAAAUGAUUGGUCUUAAUUAUAACGACCCGCCUCUGAUGUUAUGUAUGCCUCACGCAAUAUGUAAUAUUGAUAUUGUGAUGAGACUGAAAUGAUGGAUAUGUAUUUAAUAUUGAUAUUAGUGGUGGAGAAUAAAUAUAAAUUGUAUACUUACCAGUAGUUACUCAGAAAAUGAACUUUAUGCUAACGGUUUAGAGUUGAUAAUAAGUUUGUAUGGUUGGUUACUGGGAAAAAGCCUGUACUGAUUGUUGAUUUUUUAAAUGUCGUAACCCCUUACUGCGUGUAAUACAAAAAGGCUUGUUUAAAUUUGAACUUUAAUAGCUGUUAAUAGAGUUGAAUAUCAUAUCUGCCAUAUAUGGUUUCGUAAGCGGUAAGGGGUUAAAUGUAAAAAAGUCAAUGUGAAUAUGUAUUGAGAGAAAACAUUUUUCAAUGGUACAUUUUUCUAAUAGAUAAUAAAUACUCUAUGAAAAAAUCUCUCAUAGCUACUUGCUAGUUAUCGGCGGUGGGAAAGCUACCUUAUAUCGUUUGUACUUUUUUCAGUGGAGUUAAAAAUUGUUAAAAGGUACGGUCGAAAGUAUUAGUUUAUGAAUCAUUUCUUACCUUGUCACAGUGACAACCAAUAUGAAAUUCGCUAGAGACCUCAUACUAUUGUCACUGUGACAAGGCACAUAAUAAGGUCAUAAAUUAAAACUUUCGACUGCACAUAGUACCUAUAUUUUAAACUUGUUUUUGAACACAUAAAAUACAACUCAUAUUUUAAAUUUUUGGCUGGGGAUACUUAGAAUCGAUAACAGAACACGUUCCAACAGUUUUUAGAAUUUUUGUCUGUUUGUCUGUUUAUCUGUUUGUCUGUUUAUUUGAACGCGCAUCACGUGAAAACGGCUGACAGGUUUUUGAAUGAAGAUAUUUUUUUUUUGUUUAUUUUUCUUGUAACAUUAGUGAAUACAAAUACUUAAUGGUUGCAGUAGUUUUACUAAACAGGCGGUCUAGGUAUUUUAACGAAGGGUCCUAAUAUUGUUUUCGGUUACCGCGAUAGUUACUCGAGAGUUUCUUUUAUUUUUUGCCAUCUUCAUAUAUUGUAACCUUUUUUGCCACUUUUCAACCGACGAAAAAAAAAACGGAGGAGGUUCUCAAGUCGACGCGUAUAUUUUUUUUUUUUUUUUUUUUUUAUGUAUGAUUUUGAUAAUUAAUUUUUAUUGGAAAGGGUAUACCCCGAAGUUGGUCCCAUAUAAAUUUGGAAAAAAAAAAUCCAACCUUAAGGGUAGGAAAAUAGGGGAUGAUUGAUUUUUUCACUCACCGAUUGUAACGUAUGACCACGCAUAACCUUUUACAGAGUAGUCGUAAUAAUAAUAAAAAUUUGGAAAAAAAACCUACCCUAAGGGUGGGAAAAUAGGGGUAAUUUAUUUAUAUUACAGAACAUAAUAGUUAAAGUAGGAUUAUUAAUAUAACAGUUAAUAGCUAAAGCAAGGUAGGUAGCUAUUUUAAAAGUAAUCAAAAAUUAAGCAUGUAAUAAUUUGUAUAAAUUAUAGCCACAGAAAAUUAUAAAAUAAAACUUUUAACAAAAAAAAUAAUUGUGUUAUUUCUACUCAGAAUCACGAGCUCUUUCGAUCGUAAUGAGAAAAAAAAGAGUUUUUUCCUAUUGUGUUACCAUUUCCCCAUAUACUUUAUAUGGCGGUAACAAAAAGGAAAGUUUGAAAAAUGUAUGGAAAUUUUAGGACACUUUUUUUCUCCUAAAAGGAUGGAAAGGGCUCGCGAUUCUGACUAGAAAUAACACAAAAGUGGCAAAAAAUGUCACAGUAUAUAAAAAUGGCAAAAAAUAAAAGAAACGCUUACUCAUGAAAUAAAACUAUUGAAACGGAUUAUAUCGCUUAUAUUGAAUUAGUAUCCAGACGUUUCGACGCUGUAAAGGGUUCGAAACGUCGGGAUGUAGUAUGAAUUCAAUAUACGCGAUAUAAUCCGUUUCAAUAGUUUUAUUUCAUGAAGGGUCCUAAGUUAAAGACCGCUUUAAUAAAACUAAAAUAAACCUUAAAAUACUUAUUUUUAUACAACGUGUCUAAUUUGAUUUCUCUUUAGUCAGGCCAAGCUAACUCUGCGCCGUUUUGGCAAGCGACAGAAUGUGGAAGUGUCACUUUAAAAGUAAUAACGAUGAUGUUAUGACGUCUACAGUGACACUCUUCACUUUGGCACUGCUAAGUUAGUUUGGAUUAAAAACUAUGGUUUUUACUGAGUUUCUAAUUGAUUUGUCUUAUAUAAUGUACAAACUUAAAUUAUUACAGUGUUAGUGCAUAAGGCUUUAUUAAAUGUAACAUUUACACGAUUUUGGGUUUGAUAAGCAAUGUUUGCAUUUAAGGUCCCCGUAGACGGAUGGUUUUAUUGAUAUAUUGCGCAAUAAAGUUGACCGCCCACGAGAUGUGUUUUUGUCCUAACCCAAAGAUAAUAAUCUACCUGAUAAUUAUUCAAUAAUAUGUAUCUAAAUGUCACCAUUUUGUACCGAUUGUCAGAUCCAUCCACACACAGUUGGCAUCAGACAUAUUUGAGCGGCAAAUGUUCUCAAAAACAUCUGAACACGCAACAUGAAGUUAUUAAUAAGUUCGAUUAAAUUUUAAUAAUUAUUAAUCGGAAUAUAGUUGCAAUUGAUUUGUUGCGUUCAAUAAUGCAAAAUUAACUCUAUUUCCUACAAUUAAGGUUCAAUUUCACUGGCAAAAUUGUUAAUAUUUUUUUAUGUUAAUAAUAGAGGCUUUGUUCAGAUAUUUGUGAACACCUUGGCUGAUCCGAUAUAUCUAAUGCGACUACAUCGAGAAAUAAUAUUAGUCAUUAAAAUAAUUAUAAUAUUACAUACUUAAUAUUCACUCAUAUUAUAUGUAUGUAAGGUUUAUUUGUUUGAGUUAGAAUUCACGAAAAUGAAUGAGCCUUACAAGUAUUUGUCAUUUCAUAACCUAAUAUAAUAAAAUAGAAUAGUUUCUCGUUUUGUUAUACUCUUCUAUAGUUUACCUAUACUCUGUAUCUUUAGGUAUUUAAAUAAAAGUAAACAAAAUCUACCCUCAAAUGGCUCCUUAAGCCAGUUGAGGGUAGAAGAAAACAUUACACGAUCAAAUAAUGUAGGUUAAAGUCAGGUUCAGUGACUGAUCCAGACGGUUUUGUAAUUGGUCGGUCAACCAAUAAAUGUUAUAACUACCAUGGUAUAAUAAUAUACUCCGCCUGGUACUCUAUUCCGAGAUUCGCGUAUGACCUAACUGACACGGGCCUACGUCAUCAUGCUGUUUACAGGUUCUCAAACUUUAAAAUGUGGGAGAAUUUUAACCAACGGUGAAAAUUAUUUUAACGGCAUUAAUUUUAAGUUAUUCAUGUAGAAACAUAGUAAAAUAAAACAAAUCUAAUGUAUUAAAUUAAACUUUAUUUAUCUAUACAAAACAAACGUUUGAAAAACUAAUUCACAGUAUCAAAUAAAUGACAUAAAUAGUUCUUUAUUCACAGUUACACAUUAAUUACCAAGCUUACGACGUGAAAAGUUUGGAAAACACUGCGACUGCUACACUGAGCGAGAAGGAAAUAACAAUUAACACGCGUUCGACAAGGAUGACGGUCAGGGCAUGAAGUUAUCUAGAUCCGAAUUGUCAAAUGUGACAGCGCUAUCCUGUGUUGCCAGUAAUGUAAACAGAAUUACCCGAACGUCUGAAAUUUAUUUUGUGAAUCGGAAGAUAUUGCUAACGAAUAAUUAAAAAUGGCGUGUUAUUGUAAAAUUUAAGAUAAAAUACAUAUAAAUGAAAAUUAUAAAGAAAUAUUUUAACUUAUUAACCAUAGGUAUAAUGUACCCAUGUAACAUGUUAUGUUGAAAUAAAGUGGCAAUGUUAUUGUGACGUAGGCCCGUUCACUCUGGGAAUAUUCAUCUUCCCAGAGUGAACGGUCUUCUAUUCACUCUGGGAAUAGAAGACCAUGUUUUAUUAGACCAUGAUAACUACCCGAAAAUGUACAAAUUGUUUGUUUACUUUUAUUUACAUACCUAAAGAUACAGGCUAUAUACUAUAUAAUCAAAAAGCUGUUACUAAAAAUACAUAUGUAUCGAGAAAAAUAUAUUCAUAUUCAGUCAGUUAUUUUUACAAAGCAGCUUUUUGAUACCUUAUCUUAUUAUAUCUAUAGAAAUAUAUAUACAUACUAGGGUGGUUUGAUAUGUAACUUGGUUCGACCUGAAACAAAUGUGUUGAGGAAUGUUGUGUACUUUAUGAAACCAAGCUUUAUGAAAAAUGUGGAGAACUCACUCAGUUGAGAUGCAGGCUUCAUCUAAUUCGCCAGCUAAAACCAUAUCCUGAAUUUCUUAGAGAUGUAUAGGGUCACCAAGAGUCAAAAUCCUGUAUAAUAAACACAUUCAUCAGAAAAAAGAAACAUACGAGAGCAGAAUGAGGCGUCUCACUGUAAUUAAACUCAAAAAUAAAGUUACUAAGUAUAAUAGCUCGUGUUAGCUUAAACAGACCAGUCUCCACAAACAGCACCCGUUCGCGAGUAUGACGCGUAUCUCAGCCAUCGCUCACUCAGUAGAUGCUUCAUCUAAUUCGCGUACUUUUAUUCUUCUUCCAGCUAAAACCAUAUCCUGAAUUUCUAUCGAACCAAGUUAUCUCUCAAACCACCCUCGUAUUCACGGCUUCGAAUAAAUCGUUAUAGCUUCUUUGGUUUUAUUGUAAACUUUGUAUUUAUAGAUAAGUAUGAUAUUAGAAAGACGGGUGCAUUUAAAUUAUAACAAAUAGAAAUAUUCUACAGUCAAAUCUAAAUAUCGUCAGAGCCACUCCACACUAGCCUCUUCCGAGUAACGGCGUCUAGUCAGCUCUGGUUGCUGCACGGCGCAAUGUUGGUGCAACUGCACAGCGUCGCCAUUUUCCAUAGCGCUCAGUUGCUGAUUAUUCGCCGACGCUCAAAAGACGCUAGUGUGUAGUGGCCCUAGGAGACACCUUGCACUAGCGUCUCCCGAGUGUCGGCGUCUAGUCAACUCUAUGGCUGCUGCUCGACGCAACGUUGGCGCAACUGCACAGCGACGCCAUUUUCGCACGCUCAAAAGACGCCAGUGUGGGGUGUCUCUUACAGCGCCAUAUAUUCAGCUUUUUUUUACUUCGCGCCUUAGAUUCCUUUCUCCUCGAGAUUGGUAUCGUGUUAAAAAAAUAUGAAUACAACUCAUUGGCUUCAAAAACGUGAUAUUUAGACGAUUUACUGUACAAUAAGUAUAAAACAUUUGGUAGAAAUUUCAUUGCCUCGUAUUUUUGUACUAAACUGUACAUUCAGCAGUAGAUAUAGACAUAUUAUGUUUACUUGAAGAAACUGCUUAAAAAAAUAUCAAAUACUUUACAAAAACAAUGACAAUACUGGCGUGUAUAGAUUUUUUUGAGUCCCAAGUGUAUAUUAUUGCUGACUGUACAAUGUACAAUGCAUUACUAACUUUGGCAUACCUUUGAUAAUCGGUAUUUUUAGAUAAAACGUGAAUCUGUGCUUUAAAAUCUCACCUACUUAUAAUAAAUGUAUGGCAGGUACAUUCCAAAA